CGAACCCAGGCCGGAGGGUGCGAGGAGCCUGAGGCUGCUGGAGGGGGCGGCGGCGGCUGCUGGCUGGAAGAAAGUUGCUCCCCAUGCAGAUGGCAACUGAGGUAAAAUGCACACUUGCUGCCCCCUGGUAACUUUGGAACAGGACCUCCACAGAAAAAUGCAUAGCUGGAUGCUGCAGACUCUAGCAUUUGCUCUAACAUCUCUCGUCCUUUCGUGUGCAGAAACCAUCGAUUAUUAUGGGGAAAUCUGUGACAAUGCAUGUCCUUGUGAGGAAAAAGAUGGCAUUUUAACUGUGAGCUGUGAAAACCGGGGGAUCAUCAGCCUCUCUGAAAUCAGCCCUCCCCGCUUCCCAGUCUACCACCUCUUGCUGUCUGGAAACCUUUUGAACCGCCUCUAUCCCAAUGAGUUUGUCAAUUACACUGGGGCUUCGAUUUUGCAUCUGGGUAGCAACGUGAUCCAGGACAUCGAGACGGGGGCUUUUCAUGGGCUUAGGGGUUUAAGGAGACUGCAUCUGAACAACAAUAAACUGGAACUUCUGCGUGAUGACAUAUUCCUUGGCUUGGAGAGCCUGGAGUACCUACAGGUCGAUUAUAAUUACAUCAGUGUCAUUGAACCCAAUGCUUUUGGGAAACUGCAUUCGUUGCAGGUGCUUAUCCUCAAUGACAAUCUCUUGUCCAGUUUACCCAACAACCUUUUCCGUUUUGUGCCCUUAACGCACUUGGACCUGCGGGGGAACCGGCUGAAACUGCUGCCCUAUGUGGGGCUGUUGCAGCACAUGGAUAAAGUGGUGGAGUUACAGCUGGAGGAAAACCCCUGGAACUGCUCCUGUGAGCUGAUCUCCCUGAAGGAUUGGCUGGACAGUAUCUCCUACUCAGCCCUGGUGGGCGAUGUGGUUUGUGAGACACCCUUCCGCUUACACGGCCGGGACUUGGACGAAGUGUCCAAGCAGGAGCUUUGCCCGAGGAAACUGAUUUCAGACUAUGAGAUGAGGCCCCAGACGCCUCUGAGCACCACGGGGUAUUUACACACCACCCCAGCUUCGGUGAAUUCCGUGGCCACCUCUUCCUCUGCUGUUUACAAACCUCCCUUGAAAACCCCUAAAGGGACCCGCCAACCCAACAAGCCCAGGGUGCGCCCCACCUCUAGGCAGCCCUUCAAGGACUUGAGCUACAGCAAUUCUGGCCCCAGCAUCGCCUACCAGACCAAAUCUCCCGUGCCUUUGGAGUGCCCCACCCAGUGCUACUGCAACCUGCAAAUCUCCGAUCUGGGCCUCAACGUCAACUGCCAGGAGCGAAAGAUCGAGAGCAUCUCAGAGCUGCAGCCCAAGCCCUACAACCCCAAGAAAAUGUAUCUGACGGAGAACUACAUCGCCGUGGUGCGCAGGAGCGACUUCCUGGAGGCCACGGGGCUGGACCUCCUGCACCUGGGCAACAACCGCAUAUCCAUGAUCCAGGACCACGCCUUUGGAGAUCUCACCAACCUGAGGCGCCUGUACCUAAACGGCAACAGGAUCGAGAGGCUCAGCCCAGAGUUGUUCUACGGCCUGCAGAGCCUGCAGUACCUCUUCCUCCAGUAUAAUCUCAUCCGCGAGAUUCAGCCUGGGACUUUCGACCCGGUGCCAAACCUCCAGCUGCUCUUUCUGAAUAACAACCUCCUGCAGGCCAUGCCCUCGGGCGUCUUCUCCAGCCUGACCCUCCUCAGGCUCAACCUGAGGAGCAACCACUUCGCCUCCUUGCCAGUGAGUGGGGUCCUGGACCAGCUGAAGUCACUCAUCCAAAUCGACCUCCACGACAACCCCUGGGAUUGUACCUGCGACGUGGUGGGCAUGAAGCUGUGGGUCGAGCAGCUCAAAGCGGGCGUCCUGGUGGACGAAGUCAUCUGCAAGGCGCCCAAGAAGUUCGCUGAGACAGACAUGCGCGCCAUCAAGUCGGAGCUGCUGUGCCCAGACUACUCGGACGUGGUGGUGUCCACGCCCACGCCCUCCUCGGCCCAGGCCCCCGCGAGGACCAGCGCGGUCACCCCCACCGUGCGCUUGAACAGCACCGGGGCCCCCGCGGGCUUGGGCGCGGGCGGAGGGGCGUCGUCCUCGGUGCCCUUGUCGGUGCUGAUCCUCAGCCUGCUGCUGGUUUUCAUCAUGUCCGUCUUCGUGGCCGCCGGGCUCUUCGUGCUGGUUAUGAAGCGCAGGAAGAAGAGCCAGAGCGACCACGCCAGCACCAACAAUUCCGACGUGAGCUCCUUCAACAUGCAGUACAGCGUGUACGGCGGCGGCGCGGGCGCGGGCGGCCACCCCCACGCGCACGUGCACCACCGCGGGCCCUCCCUGCCCAAGGUGAAGACGCCCGCGGGCCACGUGUACGAGUACAUCCCCCACCCGCUGGGCCACAUGUGCAAAAACCCCAUCUACCGCUCCCGCGAGGGCAACUCCGUGGAGGAUUACAAAGACCUGCACGAGCUCAAGGUCACCUACGGCGGCAACCACCACCUGCACCCGGCCUACAGCGUCAGCACCAUCGAGCCCCGGGAGGACCUGCUGUCGCCGGGGCAGGACGCCGACCGCUUUUACAGGGGCAUUUUGGAGCCAGACAAACACUGCGCCGCCGCCCCCGCCCCCGCGGGCAGCAGCCUCCCGGAGUACCCCAAAUUCCCGUGCAGCCCUGCUGCUUACACUUUCUCCCCCAACUAUGACCUGAGACGCCCCCAUCAGUAUUUGCACCCGGGGGCAGGGGACAGCAGGCUGCGGGAGCCGGUGCUUUACAGCCCCCCCAGUGCUGUCUUUGUAGAACCCAACCGGAACGAGUAUCUGGAGUUAAAAGCAAAACUAAACGUUGAGCCGGACUACCUCGAAGUGCUGGAAAAACAGACCACAUUCAGCCAGUUCUAAAAGCAGAGAAACUCCCUGGGAGCUUUUGCACUUGAAACACGCGAGCGAGCCGGCGCGGCCGGCGGACGCGUUCCAUGAAUUCUGUUGCUUCAAUGUUUCGAGUGAAGUGCCUUGGCACGGGAUUCUUAGCUCCGGCGGACGGCGCUGGAGGGUGUGCGGUUUCCUUUUCGUUUUACACGCGGGGGGACGUGGGUGUAAACAGGGCACAUCGCUUUCUCUUGCGUGUGGGGGA